CGCUUCCUAUUUGCGGCCUCUAUUUGUUUCUCUGAUAUUCUCUCUUUUUGUUUGGGGGAGGAAUUUUCUUUGAAGGGAAUGGGUGAUAAUAGGUUGAGCGGGAAAGUGAAGUGGUUCGAUGACCAGAAGGGUUAUGGCUUCAUAACCCCUGACAACGGCGGCGACGAUUUGUUCGUUCAUCAGUCUUCCAUCUGCUCCGAUGGUUUCCGUAGCCUCGCCGACGGUGAAGAGGUCGAGUUUGUUAUUGAAUCCUCCGGUGGCAAAACCAAAGCCGUCGAGGUUUCUGGGCCCAACGGCAACCCAGUCCAAGGAAGUACGAGAUCCGGACGCGGUGGCAGCGGAGGCGGUUAUGGCGGCGGUUACGGUGGCGGCGGAGGCGGCGGCGGCGGUUACGGUGGAGGUGGAUCUGGUGGCUAUGGUGGCGGAGGAAGGAGAGGUGGAUAUGAAGGUGGAGGCGGAGGUGCUUGUUAUAAGUGCGGUGAGAUGGGUCAUAUGGCACGCGAAUGUGGACAAGGCGGUGGCGGUGGUGGAGGUGGAGGCAGAUUUGGUGGAGGCGGAGGAGGCGGUUGCUACAACUGUGGAGGUUCCGGUCAUUUUGCUAGGGAGUGCCCAAACGGCGGUCGCUAGUUUUCAAAUCUCCAUUUGAGCUCUUUUUUUUCUCUUUCGCUACAUCUUUUGUUUCGAUGGUUAUUAUUAUUAUCCUAUGAUUUGGCUUUUUAUGAUGUUUUUUCUUGGUUUAUGAAGAACUUUUGCAACUAGUCCUAUUCAUGUUACUUAUUUCUCGUUUCUGGUGUUUUUGAUGUAAUGGGCACUUUCCUUGGUCUUGCGGUGGAGUUGAAUUUAGUAUUGAUGUGAAAGGUGAUGAAAGGAAAGGAUGUUAAAAUCCUUCACUAUCUGUUAUCUCAAAGUGUUUAUAUAGAUAUAAUAUACAAAUGCAAACUGGUGGAUUGGCUCAA